GUUGUUUGUUUCAGAAUAGUUAAGGACAGCCAAGAUGUUGGGUGUAUACAAAGUGGCAGCUAUAAUUUUUCUCGGUUCCCUGAGCAAAGGAGAACUCCCUGAAGAUGAUUUCAGGAUAAUAAAUAGACAAGACUUGUUGGCGUCUGAUAGCGAUAUCUUCGAAGAUAAGGACGGCAAAUCAUUUUCGCAACUGCUUUUUGAUGUGGCAAGGGACCAGGUGAUAGUGGGUGCGAGGGACACAUUAUACCGUCUCUCUCUCCGUGGACUCCGUUCGCUAGAGCGUGCUGAAUGGCCCGCACCGGCGGAAAAUACAAAGCUAUGUCAAUACAAAGGCCAGACAGAAGAGAACUGCCACAAUUAUAUCAAAGUACUGCUUUCAUACGGUCACAAGCUGUUCGCGUGUGGAACUAACGCCUUCAGUCCCGUCUGUAGCUGGCGAGAGAUUGAAUCGUUGAGCAUGGUGUCGGAAUGGGUUUCGGGCGUUGCAAAUUGUCCAUACAACCCUAAUUCCAACGUGACCGCUAUAUUUGCUAGCAGUGGCGAGUACUACGCUGGAACACCGACAGAUUUUACUAGCUCCGAUACUGCUAUUUUCAGAAGCAAAGGAGGUUCAACGCGAGAGUCAGGUAUGCUUCGAACGACGCAGUACGACCUCAAUUGGCUUAACGAACCACAAUUCGUGGGUAGUUUCGAAGACGAUUAUUUUGUGUAUUUCGUCUUUAGAGAGGUCGCUGUCGAAUACUUAAACUGUGGAAAGAUUAUAUAUUCACGUAUCGCUCGCGUUUGUAAAAACGAUUCUGGUGGUCAUUUGGUAAUGAAAGAAAACUGGAGUACAUUCCUAAAAGCUAGGCUGAAAUGUGCUAUACCGGGAGAAGUGCCAUUUUAUUAUGACGAAGUUCAAAGUGUGGAAUAUUUGGCACAGGAGAAGAUUCUCGUCGCUAUUUUUACAACACCUGCUAACAGCAUAGCAGGUAGCGCUGUGUGUAUCUAUAACAUGUCGGACAUACACCUAGCUUUUGAAGGCCCUUACAAGGUACAAGAAUCUCCGAUGUCGACAUGGGAACCACGGAAUCCUUCGCGACAAGCAAGGGAACAUUUCCGUUGCAAUCCAGACACUAGACCUCAUCAGUCUAUCGAGUACCACAAAUACCACCUAAUGUAUGAAUCAAUACAACCUAUUUCCGGCGAGCCGCUUUACAAAGCGACCUUAGAAAGGUUCACACACGUGACCGUUGAUGUUGCCAACACGAAAAAUGUUGCCAAACAACUAGUUGUGUUUGUGGCAAAACAGAACAAUGAUAUUUUGAAGCUGGCAAUCUUACCGAAGUAUGAGGGCGCUUGUGUGAUUGAAAUUUGGAAAUUAAAGGACAGUAAGGGAGGAUAUGACAUAUUGACGAUGCAGUUUGUUAAAGAUACGAUGUCGUUGUAUAUAGGAAGCAAUGAAGGAGUCCUACGUAUAUCUAGCGAGCGGUGUUCCCGUUAUAAGACCAGGUCUAGUUGUGUGGGCGCCGCUGACCCUCACUGUGGUUGGGACGACGCAAGGGAACUUUGUGUACGAGCCUCUGCUCAUUUACAUGAAUCGUAUUUCUCACAGGCUACUAGUAGCUGUCCAUCUGUUAAUACACCCGUGGACGGCGGCUGGUCGUCGUGGUCGCCGUGGGAGCCGUGCGAGCAACACACGGCGCCGCGCGGCGCCUACGCGGACGACAGGCCCGACACGUGCGCCUGCCGCACGCGCCGCUGCGACAACCCGCGCGCCGCCGCCGGCGGGCAGCCCUGCCGAGGAGCAAGUAUAGCAGUAACAAAUUGUACUAUCCACGGCGGUUGGUCAGCUUGGUCGGCUUGGUCGGAGUGCUCCGCUUCCUGCGGUAUCGCGGUGAAGUCCCGCCGACGCUCCUGUACUUCCCCGGAACCACGUUUCGGCGGUCGAGUGUGCGUUGGACUCGAUGUUCAAGACAUGUAUUGCGCUAAUCUACCGCCAUGCCCUGAUCCAGCAUUAGCACCUGUAGAUGGGUCGUGGUCACCAUGGGGCCCGUGGUCCCCCUGCACUGGUACUGGAUGUGGCCCCGCCGCAGGGUCAAGGGAGAGGCGACGAAUGUGUGACAAGCCUGCCCCUCAACACGGAGGCGCCGACUGCGAGGGGCCUCGCACUGAAAGACAAACUUGCGACCUGAAGCCUUGCGAACUACGGAAGGCUACUGCUUGGACACCCUGGGUUCAGAUACCUAGUAAUACAUCUGAUGGAAGUUAUACUGAAAAAAGAUUCAAGUUCUUGUGCAAGGCGCCGACGCCAGAACAAAUAAGGCUGUCGCUGGCACGCGAGGAGGAGCGGUACUGCACCGCUCGAGGCACGUGCAGCAGUAGCCCGCCCGAGGACGGGGCGUGGGAGGAGUGGGGCGCGUGGGGCGCGUGCUCGGCGGCGUGCGGGGGCGGCCAGCAGAGCCGCGCGCGCCGCUGCCGCGCCCCGCCCUGCGCCGGCGCCGCGGGCAUGCUGCGCGCCUGCAACACGCACGCCUGCGUCGGUGAAUGGUCAUGUUGGAGCGAUUGGAGUGAAUGUAAUGGAGGCUGCGAAAAUGGUGCCACUGGGCACCGAACUCGCACUCGAAUGUGUCUCUCUCCUGAGGGCUGUGCAGAUGCAGGCGCUGCUUUAGAAAGGCGAAUCUGCGUUAACAAUUGUGCAGAGAGUGAGGCGGGCUGGGGCGCGUGGGGCGCGUGGGGCGCGUGCGCGGGCGGCGAGCGCGUGCGGCGGCGCGGCUGCGAGGCGGGCGCGUGCGUGGGCGCGCAGCUGCAGGUCGCCAGCUGCGGCGAGCGCGACGUGGACAACGAGUUAUAUGCGAUGCCAGCAUAUAGUCAAAAUGUGGAGAUGGCGUCCUUCGUAACUAUGUCCAACAACGAAUCACUAAGCCUCGGGAGUAUCAUAGGCUGUGUGGUCGCUGCUUUUGCUAUGGGUUGUCUCGUGUGCCUGGCAGGCGUAGUGUUCUGUCAGCGACGCGGCACGCUGAUUUGGUCCCGACAGCCUCGAGUACCUUCCAGCCCUCACUAUAUCACCGCUAAACAGAACAGCUAUGUAACUGUGCCCUUGAAGGAAGUGCCGAGAAAAGCGAAACGACAGCCAUCAUUCACGGGCAUUGGCAAUUCCAGUGGCAUUCUCCUUUCAAAGAGCAACAACAUUUCAAAUGCGAACCACAAUAAUCCCAUGACGACACCAAAACUAUACCCAAAAGCCAUAGCCAACGAGUAUGAUUCUAUGGGAACAUUACGAAGACAUUCAAACCAACCGAACAACAAAACUAACAUUGAUGUCGAAGAGGACAAAUUCUACUGAUAAACAACAUUGUUGUCUGGAUUCCGUACGUAAGCUUUUCAGCUGAAAUUUCUAAAAUAUCCCGAAUAUUACGGGCAUUCUUUUGAUACAAAGAUAUUUCAUGAAUUUGUCUUGACAAUAUCAUUUAUUUAUAAAGCUUCAGAUAGUUCGGUUCAAAGGAAACUAUGACCUAAAAUAAAGGAGAGUUGAUAAAAAUGUAAAGAAUGAACUUUCCUCAACUUGAUUUUUAGAUGGAGAGAUUUAAAAGGGUUGUAAAAAUUCUUUCAUCUCAAGAUUUGUAAAGAGUAAUUUGUAUUUUAAAAUUUAAAUUUAAUUUGGAUUCUAUGUCAUUAAUCAUCCGUUUCGUUUUAAAUAAAAAAUACUAUUGUUUUAUUUGAAUAUUUACUAAAAAGAGAGGCAAUAAUAGAUUAGUUUUUUUU